AUGCGGUUAUUGAGAUUUGAUGAGGCGAUAUCAAAUGAGACUGAUGGUGGUAAAAUCUGGGUGUUUUGGAAAAAUGAAUUGGAUGUGCAGGUGGUUCGCAUGAGUUCGCAGUUUGUGUCAUUAUGCAUUACCGAAGGAAGUAAUCAUUUCUUGGGUAAUUUUAUUUAUGCAAAGUGUAAUAGGCUUGAACGACAACUGCUUUGGGAGGAGUUGAAUUCGGACAGAAUGGGUGUGGAGCCAUGUUUGUUUGCUGGGGAUUUCAAUGUAAUUCGGUCGGAUAUUGAGAGAUGUGGUGGGCGUCCGAGGAAUAGAGUUGCAAUUGAUGAGUUUAAUAGAUGGAUUCAUCAGGGUGGGUUGUUGGAAAUGAAUUCACAAGGUGGUAAGUUUACAUGGUGUAAUGGUCAGCAAGGAUUAUCUAGAGCUUGGGCAAAGCUGGAUAGAGUUUUACUUGAUGCAAAUUUUCUAUCUCUUUUUCCGAAUGCUCAUUGUUUGUAUCUUCCUAGGACUACAUCGGACCAUUGUCCUAUGGUAAUAGAAUUUUUAAGUGAUCCUUUCUCUUAUGGUCCACCUCCAUUUCCUUUUCAGCAAAUGUGGGUUGAGCAUCCGGAUUUUAUGACUCUUGUUCAAAAGGUUUGGUCUGAAUCGGUUAUAGGUUCGGGGCUGUUUAAAUUAGCUAUGAAACUUAAAAAACUUAAGGUGGCGUUGCGUGUAUGGAACAAGAGUGUAUUUGGGAGAACUAAUACUCAGAUUGCUAUUCUUGAAGAUAAGAUUGAGAAUCUGGAAAAUUUGUUGCAGAGAGGUUGGGAUGAUGAUAUUGAAAGGGAAUUAGUAAGGAGUUCUAAUGAGUUGUCUUCUUGGAGGCUUAGGGAGGAUAUUAGAUUGGCACAAAUGGCUAAAAUUAAGUGGAGAAUGGAUGGUGAUAGGAAUACAAAAUUUUUUCAUGUGUGGUUAUCUAAUAAAAAGCAUAGGAAAAUUCAUCAGUUAAGAACCUCGAAUGGGUUGGCAUUUAAUUCUCCGGAAGCAAUUCAUCUUGGAGCUGUUGAUUAUUUUUCUGAUUUUCUUCAAAGAUCUAAUCCGGUUAGGGAGGUGCCUGAUUUAUCUAGUUUAAUUUCGUCGGUUAUUAAUGAUGAGGAUUGUGUCCGGCUUUGUGGGAUCCCUUCGUUGGUUGAAGUGAAAGAGGCUCUAUCAACUAUUCCUAUUAAUAGUUCUCCGGCUAGUGUCAACUUAUAUGAUGCUAUACCUCCGGCCGAUCCAAGGAAGUCCUUGUCCGUUGAUGUUGGUGUUUCAAUUGAUGGCUCUCAAGAAGAUGGGGCUUAUGAUGGCAUGGGAGCACUCCUUAAUGGUGGGGUUGUGGUGAAAUAUGGUGUGGCAGCUGAGACAAGGAAAGUUUUUGUUUUAGACCCUGGUGGUGGGGGUGGGACCUUUGACGUCAGUGUCUUGACAAUUGAAAAUGGUGUUUUUGAGUCUAUUGACCCUAAUGACGACACUCAUCUUAGAGGUGGGGAAAUUGAUUAUAGAAAGACCUUCUUGGGACUUGUCAAGAAGACUAGGGAAGAUGCCAGAUCAGAGAAGAACCAAAUUGCUUGA